UCACACUGAAGCGCAAACCUUUCAAAAACGUUUUCAUUACAUUUAGAGUUACGUAGUGUUAUUUUUCCUAAAAAUUUUGUAUUGUUCGGAUCAGAGGCGUUGCAGAAGUUGAGAGUUUAAAUCGCUGCCAUAACCGGGUGCAGAGUAAGAUGUUCACAGUGGAUGCAGUGCCCAACGAGACUCGAUUGAAUAGCCAAUUCCACGAGCAGCAGCUGGUGGAGCAGUUCUGCCGGCAGACGCAGCUGCUCAAGCUGGUCGAGGGCUCCUCCGGCCGCUUUGUGGCCAACUACAGAAGCACCCGGCGGCCGGAGGACCUGCUGGCCCCCAUCCAGUUGCGCCUCGACUUCGACUACGGCCAGCUGCUAGAGCACGCGCCGCAACUGCUGCAACUGAUCAUCGAGGAGCCCCUCCAGUUCGAACAGGCCGUGCGGUACUCCGUCUACGGCCUGGUCCGGUCGCAUCUCAAAACCGCCGGCCUCGCACCCAUUGACAUCAACCAGCUGCACGCCCAGUGGCGCCUGGUGGGACUGCCCUUCACGCCCGACCUCCAGUUCGAGUCGCCGGACCAGCAGCUGCGCCUGGGACUGGCCCAGGUGCAGGGCAUCCUGGCCGCCUUCACGCCGCAGGAGACGCUGGUCCUGCAAUCGAUUUGGUACUGCGGCAGCGGCUGUAUGCGCAAUGCCAUACAGACCAGCUCAACGGAUGCUCCCUUGUGUACCGGCUGCUCGCGGCCCAUGAGUGAAUACCAAAAGUUACGCGUCACCGAAACCUAUCGCCUCCUGGCCAUCCUGCCCAGCUCAGCAGUUCAGACACCACGCACCAUCGGUUGCCUACAUCGCCCCAAACUAGUUCGCCUUAGAGCCCACACCCACGACUGUGAAUUGAAGUUGGGCGCCAGCUACCUGAUCACUGGCUACUUUGCCGGAUCGGCCAGCACCUACCAGCUGGAAGCAUGCCAUCUCAGAAGCGACUAGUGGCCAAGGGCCGCCGUCGGCGCCAGGCCAUUCAGCUGAAGGACUUCCUGCGCUGCGAUGAAGAGCAGCCCCAGAGCACCA